UCGUGUGCUCACAAAUCACUCCCCACAGGGGGAAAGAGGAGGGCAGAGCUUGCCAUAGAGCACCGCUACUUGUUGUUGCCUGUCUGAGGCAGCGUGAGAGUUGUUGUCAUCCUGCCGCUCCGCUAGUCGCUCAUUCAAUCAAACUAUGAGCCUUAAAAAGUUAGAUCAAAGAAUAUAAAGACGGAUAAGAGCAACCUGUAGGAAAGGAGACUGCUGCCAGUAACACAGUGGAGGAUGAUGGCAGAGGGGCGUUUUGCCAGCCUGCCCAGGUCGCUCCAUGCACAUCACACACUAAGAGGCAAUUCCCAUGUCCACGACCCUGGCCUUGGUGCUUCAAGUGGGAGUAGCUGCCACUCAAGUAAGCUGCAAGCCUCCAUUGCCUCCUCCAUGGACCUUCUCAGCUCUCAACCAAGUCUCACUCCAGGGUGUAAUGGAUCAGAGUUCCCCGUAGCUUCUUACCAGCAUAUCUCCAUUCAUGGAACGCUGCCUCGACGUAAGAAGGGAGGGUCCACCAACACCUGGGACGCAAGAGCCAAACACACUCAGCCAGUAAAUAGCAGAAGCUUAACAUUGUUAGCUGCACAGGUCCACCAGCCAAUGACCUCGCCGCUGGUUCAAAAUAUUAUCGACGACUUCCACAGUUACGGGGAGCCAACAGUCGGUUUGGAUGCCACGAUGGACUAUGUCAAGUUUUCCCAGGAUCAGUUCAUCCUGGACGGUCCAUCAGAGAAGCUUCGCAGAGAGCUGGAGGAAGAACUGAAGAUGAACUGCGAGGAGCCGAGAAGUCAUGCUUGGUACCAUGGUGCGAUACCCCGGCAGGUUGCUGAAAACUUCGUACAGCGAGAUGGAGAUUUCCUGAUUCGUGAUUCGUUGUCCAGUCCUGGAAGUUACGUUCUGACAUGUCAAUGGCGAAAUACGGCCCAGCAUUUUAAAAUUAACAAAAAGGUUGUGAUGUUGAACGAAGCCUAUUCAAGGGUUGAGUAUCGUGUGGAGCGAGAAGGUUUUGACAGUGUUCCCGCUCUAAUAAGAUAUUAUGUCGGGAACCGAAAACCUGUCUCUCAGGUGGUAGGCGCCAUUAUAUUCCAGCCCAUCAACCGCACGCUGCCAUUGCGCUGCUUGGAACAGAAGUACGGACUGUCCGGUAACCAUCGAGAGUCAGGACUGAUCGAACAGGAACGGCGGCUUCAGAAGCGGCUAAGCCUCAACAUUACCAACGGACAAAUACAAGAGAACACACACAGCAUACACGAUGGCGCCCACUACCACAAUAAUGGCAUGGGUAGAGGAAGCCAGCUCAGGUUGAAGGAUCGUUGCGGCAGUCAACCAGCAAGUCUAAAUCAACUCCCAGAGAAGCGGCGGCCACUGAAAGCGCACCAAUCAGAGAGCUUUCUACCACUUGGAUCCAGACCUCAGAACCACCAGCCCUCAGACCCCCUUCCCCUCAGCCCAAAUGCCAAGUCUCCUGUGUAUCGGACAGGCAGCGAGCCAUUGCUGAGCCCGUCAGUCUCACGGCGGUUGGCAGAGCCACUAACAGGUCAACCAAUCCGGGGCUCUGACAGCCAGCUGUGUCCGAAACCUCCCCCCAAACCCAGCAAAGUUCCACUGACACGCUUGCCUCGCUUCCCCUGCCUUCAGCUCCCAGGUCCCCCCUCGAGCUCCACGCAGCCCACUUGCGCCAGCCUGUCUUUUCCCACCCUGGACUCCACAUGUGAGGAAACACCUGUUUGUCCAUGGAGGAUGGGAGGUCUGCCGAUGAAGUGUAUCCAUGCAGACCUGCAACGCUCUUCCGGCUGUGCACUUCCACAGAUUCAGUAUCCCGACUCUGAGGCGAUACCAGGACGAACUGAAUGCCUGGCACCCGCUCCCGCAGACCUUAGGGCCUGCAGCCCGCUGGAACGGAAUGACCCAAACCCUCCAAACUUUAUCCCAGACAACCCCCAUGAACUUGAGAAGCUGUCAUGCAGCUAUGUUGAGAGAUUGAGGCGAGAGGGCGGAGACGGGGAUGAGGUGGGAGGGCAGAGAGGACUGGACAGAAGCUCCUACCAUCACGCCAUUGAGGCGUUAGAAAACAGCAGCGAGGAAGAAGAGGAGGGCACGGGGAGGGAGGAGCAAGAGGACGAGAAGAGGAACGUGUUCCUAAGGCCGGUGGUGGAGACGGAGUCAGCGUUCCGGCCAACGGAGUUCAACUCUCGACUGCUACCCGCCGAAAAUAAACCGCUGGAGAUGUUGGUUUUGAAGAGAGCCAAGGAGCUGCUGCUGAGCCACAACCACCACAGUAUAGCCAGACACCUGCUAAUGGCCGACUGCCAGGUGGCGAGGAUACUCGGAGUGUCGUCUGAGCAGAGAGGUCAGAUGGGCGUUGCUUCUGGCCUGGAGCUGAUCACCUUGCCACAUGGUCAACAGCUGAGGCUGGACCUGAUGGAACGACACCACACUAUGGCUAUAGGCGUCGCCGUGGAUAUUCUGGGGUGCACGGGCAGCGUGGAGGAGCGCGCGUGCACUUUGAAUCGCAUUGUCCUGGUCGCGUUGGAGCUGAAGGACACUGUCGGUGACCUAUUUGCGUUCACCGCCCUGAUGAAAGCUCUGGAACUGCCCCAGAUCAGUCGUCUGGAGGAAACGUGGACGACUCUGAGGAGGAACUACACACAGACUGCAAUCGGCUAUGAGAAAACUCUCAAACCUUUCUACAAGAAUCUCUACGAGGGAACAGCCUCCUGUCCUGCUGUGGUGUGCGUUCCCCUCCUGUUGCCUCUUCUCACCUUGCUGGAGCGUCCAUCCGUCUCACCGGAGGGGGCGGAGCUGUGGGAGACCAGUGACCAGGGCUGUGACAUCAUGCUGCGUCACCUCGAGGCUGCACGCGACGUGGCACAUCAUGCACAACGCUACACUGAGAAUGCAACGACAAUCAUGCAUGGUUUCCAGUGUGAUGAAGACCUGCUGGAGGUGUUCAAGACGGACUUUCAGCUACGGCUGCUGUGGGGGAGUCGCGGCGCUUCGGUCAACCAAUCGGAUCGCUACAGCAAAUUCCAUCUCAUCCUCAAUGCCUUGUCAAGGAAGUUGGAGCCCCUACCCAAAAUACACACUUUAAUUUGACGUCCAAUGGACAGCAACAUACAGAAUGUAUAGGCCUACUGACUGCUUCACUUUAGCCGUGUAACCUGAUAUUACAAAGAAAUAUCAAGUAGUAACAUGGUCGCACAAAAGGGAAGAGAUACAACACUCAUUAGCAAAUAGGAUAAGGGAGACUCUGGUCUGACCAGGGUCCAUUCUUGUCUCUUUCUAUACGUUUUUUUACAGGUCAUUUUCAUCUAAUUUGAUCAGUAACAGGAGACUCUUGUAAAAAGACAAAUCAUAAUUUUGCCAUUUUUUUGUGUGUCCCCAAUGCUGAAACUGCCACACUUAGUCCUAUUCUCCCAAAAAAUAUUGAUCAUUUAAAAUGUUAGGCAUUUAUAGUUCAAGCAAUCUUUAUUGACAGCGAAUGGCGGUGGCCCACUGAAAUAACAUUUGUUGCAUGAGGGUAAAGGCAUAACCAGCUUCAUAGAAAUUGUAGGAGUUGCACUUACAAGUGCAUAUGUGAUCCUAACUACCCAUUAAACCCAUUAUACUCUUUAUCUUUAUUCAAGUGAAAUAACGGUAAAGACACGCAAUAGUUCAGACACGUUCAUAAAUUCCUACAUAUUCAUUGAUAUCUCAGAAAUAACACCAUUUACGUUGCUGUCUACCAUUGUGCGAAUGCUAAAUGGCUGCCUCGUCCAGACACUUCAGUUUACAGAUCCCUCUGGUUUAAUGCCACAAAAUAAUUAGGCUCGCUCAAGUGGCGUUAACGGUAAAGACAGCUUCAGUGGAAAAGAAGGACCGUUUGUAAAAGAACCAACGAAAAAGGUACUCUGAAGACACCAAGUUGUAUUCGUGUUAGUUGUCAAAAAAAUCAAAAAAUUUAACUAGCAUCUUCUGAAACUUCAUUUUGGGCAUCUAACGGUAAAGACAUUUUGGCAUUAAAAGUUUAAAAAAAAACAAAAAAAAAACUUUUUUCUGAGAAACAAUUUUGACCUUUUGAUGGAUAACAACUGGCAUGAAUUUAAAUACUCAUAACAGUAUUUUUUUUUUUUCAAAAGGAAAUUCACUGGCCCAUGUCUUUGCCAUUAUUGAUCAAAUUAUAUGAAAAUGACCUUUACAUCUUGUGAGGAGCCCAGCAUAUCUACACUACAUACAGCCAGACAAUAACACAGACAUAAUAUUCAAACACACUGACAUAUUCACUUUUAAAGGUUGUAAACUAAAACCUGGAAAUACAAAUUCAUUGCCACUCAACGAUGCAACGUACCGUUACUAUAAAAAGGUAUUUCAGCCAGAUUGAUCUUGUGGUAGCUAUUGUGAGCAUAAUGAACUGUGCGAAUGUUCAUCAUUUCCACUUUGAAUGUCAUGUAUACGUUGUGUUUCACAAAAUAGUUUUCCUUCCAUCCCUUCAGAAAUUUGUCGGAAGUAGCCAGAUUAAGAAAUGCUUUAACUCGAUCAGCACUUGUGGGUUGUAAAUUUACAAAGACGCUUGUGCGUGUUACCAGACAAGAGUUUUGAGUGCCACAGCCCCUUAAAGGCAGUAUGAUGAAAAUGACGAAGAAACUUUUUGCACUUUUUUUGUUUUUUUUUAGAGAGCAGAUAGAUGUAUGUGUAUAAAGUCUAUAGAAGUAACUAAUUAAACCAGACAAAUAGUUCUUCAUUGCAGUCUCUUGACACAAAACCCCUAAAAUAUUCUCAUAUAAAAGUGGGCUACAGUGACCUUUUAGGCUGCUUAAUAAGUUAAACUAUGUCAAAAGUUCAAGUCAAAAUGUCGAAAAAAAUGUGUUUGUGUGUAAAUGUAAAGAUGCACACAAGUAUUUUAAUCUGUCACUGAAGUUGUACAUAUUGUGAAGCAUUGACCCCUUUGUUUUGUAUAUAAUGGAGGAAGAGGAAAAAAUGUCAAUGAACUUGAAUGUCUAUAUUCUGAACUACUAUGGUAAGUUCAAUACAUAUGGUACAUGUUCUGUGGAGUUUGUAUUUGCAUACAUCACAGAAGUGCAUAGGUUGGAAAUGUUUGCUCCAAAAAUAGUACAUGAAUUCUGCCUUUCCAAAUCAUCACAAUUGAUAUGAAAUAAAACAA